AUGGAGUAUGCAGACUUCCUUCGAGGGGACAAUGAUGCUAUUACAUGGGACGAUGUAGUACCCCUGACCCAAGAAGGCUUAAGCAGCACACAGCCCCCGGCGCCUGUGGUGCAGAGUCAAGAUGCACCGACGGAGUUCGCCACUGCAAGUGGCCGUGGGCAGAGCUACUCCAUGAAGGAAGAUCUACUGCUUGUAUCAUCAUGGCUAAACAUUAGCAUGGAUCCCGUGGUGGGUUCGAACCAAAGUUUAGGCGCUUUUUGGCAGCGGAUCGAGUCUUACUUCCACGACAACAAAGACUUCCCGUCAACUCGCAAUAAGAAGUCAUUGCAAGGGAGGUGGACAUUCAUCAAUGGCAUGGUCCAGAAGUUCUACGGUCACUACGCUCGGGCAAUGCAUGCUAGACGCAGUGGUACCACGGAGGGGGAGACGAUUGUGGAGGCGUGCAAAAUGUUCCAGGCCGUGGAGCAUAAAGAGUUCACGUUGCUUCCUUGUUGGCGUGAAUUGAGGCACCAUCCAAAGUGGCAGUCCGAGGUGUCGCGAAAGAAGCAGAAGACGUUCGGCGGAGGUGAAGCUAGGAGCCCUUCUUCCACUCAUAACGUGCAAUCGUCACCAGUUGCAGGUGCCCCGGAGGAAGCAGCAUGCGAAGGCGUGGCAAGAGCUAGACGUCCUACUGGAAGGACCUGGUCCAAAGAAGUGGCUCGAGGUUCAACCUCGUCGAACUCUGCUUCGGCCCCAAUGAAGGACAUUUUUGACAGGCAAUUUUGUUUGAAGGAAAAAAUUGAGAAGGAUAGGGCGAAGAGGUUUGCAGAGAUGAUGAAUGUAGACCGGCAGCGCCUUCGGCUAGAGGAGGAGUGCAUGCAACUAGAGAAGGUGAAGGAUGAGAUGAGGAUAAUGAACAUGGAUCUUUCGCAAAUGGAUGAUGACCAAAAAGAGUAUUACAAAAGUCUUCGCCAGAGUAUUAUUGCUGCUAGGCGGCCCUCCUCUGGUUCUUUGUUUUGA